AUGGCGCAGGACACCUACUGGGGCACCUUUGAGGACAUCUCCACGUACAAUGUACAGCUCAACUACCUCGAGAAGAUGUGGAUGGCCUGGUACGCAUGGAUGGGCAACGAUGUCCUGGCGACAGGAAUCAUGUCCUUUGUUAUCCACGAGGCCUUUUACUUCGGACGCUCGCUUCCCUGGAUCAUCAUCGACUGCAUACCUUUCUUCAAUCGCUAUAAGAUCCAAGCUCACAAAGUCCCCUCUGCUUGGGAACAAACACAAUGCGCUCUCCUCGUCCUCCUCUCCCACUUUACCGUCGAGCUUCCUCAGAUCUGGCUGUUCCACCCCAUGUGCCAAUACUUCGGUCUCGAGACCUCGGUUCCUUUCCCUAGCAUCUACAAGAUGGCUUACCAGAUCGCCAUCUUCUUCGUUUUCGAGGACGCAUGGCACUACUGGGCCCACCGUGCCAUGCACGCCAGCUCUUUCCUCUACAAGAACAUCCACAAGAUCCACCACCAAUACUCUGCUCCCUUUGGCCUGGCUGCUGAAUACGCCUCGCCCAUCGAAGUCAUGAUCCUGGGUUUCGGUUCCGUCGGUGUUCCCAUUGUCUUUUGCGCCAUCACCAAGGAUCUCCACAUCCUGACCAUGUACGUCUGGAUCAUCUUCCGUCUGUCCCAGGCCAUCGACGCACACAGCGGUUACGAGUUCCCAUGGAGUCUGCACCACUUCCUGCCCUUCUGGGCCGGCGCCGAGCACCACGACGUUCACCACGAGAAGUUCAUUGGUAACUACGCUAGCAGCUUCAGGUGGUGGGACUUUGUCCUUGACACCGAGGCCGGUGCUGAGGCUUCCAAGAAGCGACGAGAGCGCAAGUUGGCCGCUGCCAAGGCUAAGAAGGCCAUGUAAACGAGUGCUGGCAUGCUCACAAGUUUCGGAGUCUUGUCGGUUUUAGCCGCAUAUACUCGCCGGUGGGAAGAUGGUAGAACCACUCCCGACCGACUUACCCACACCUGCUUCAUGCGGAGCUGGUAUGAGACAUGGCGUUUGGGUUAUAAGAAAACCGCGGCCAUGAAUGAUGGCUGCGGCAAUAGACAGUAAAGACCCUGGGUAAUGGGCGGCAGAGCGGUGUUUGUGUGAAUAGGAGCUGGGUCAUUAUAGAAUAUCUACCUAAUACUAUUACGGUCGCUACGUUGAAUGUUAUCAUUAUCUCAUCACUUACCAAUUCGAUCUUCUCAGUUGAACAUGCAUUUAAACGCACGAACACGCUUAUUGAGGAUAGCAUGAAGUGGAAAAAGUGUCUCAGGUAAACGGUGAACGAGCUGCGAGGCCGCCCCUGGUGAUAGCGCGGAAGGCGUCUUGGCGCGGUGAGGACUGGCGC